GUGUCUGGUCAAUAUGUGGGCCAAUCACAAGCGAGAUGCUUCAAAGUUUCGGCCAAUCAAGUGAAUGGAAGUUUUGAAGCCAUGUUUAAAGGCCUGCACAUCGGUUGUCAGUCAAACUAGUGCGUUUAAAGUGAACUAGCUUCGAAAUCGUAUUUGUUAUUGAUGCUGAUAACUAUCACAGUGAGUGAGAUUUUUGAAAUCAGCUGACAGCCAUGGGUCCAAAAUUAGAUGACUUUGAAGUGUUGUCAACUAUUGGAAGUGGCUCCCAUGGCACUGUCAGGAAGGUCCGUCGUCGACAGGAUGGACAAAUAUUAGUAUGGAAGGAGCUGAAUUAUGGCUCCAUGAGUGAAUCCGAAAAGCAGGGUCUCGUGACAGAGGUAAAUUUGUUACGUGAAUUAAGACAUCCAAAUGUUGUGAAAUUUCUUCAUCAUAUUGUUGAAAGAAAAAACACCACAUUAUAUAUCUUGAUGGAGUAUUGCCCUGGAGGUGAUCUUAAACGCCUUAUCACCAAAUGUCGACAAACUUCAACUUUUCUUGAAGAAGGUUUCAUUUGGAGAGUUCUUAAACAGGUGUGUGAAGUCUUAAAGGUAUGUCAUUCACGAGAUCUUCAUGGUGGUAGAAUAAUUCUGCAUCGAGACAUCAAGCCAGCUAAUGUUUUUCUGGAUGCUGAAGGCAAUGUAAAACUCGGUGAUUUUGGGUUGGCCAGGACUCUGAACUCAGAAGCUAGUUUUGCCACAACUUUUGUUGGGACACCUUACUAUAUGAGUCCAGAAGUAAUCAGUGGACAGGAAUAUAAUGAGAAGUCAGAUAUGUGGUCUCUUGGGUGUCUCAUUUAUGAAUUGUGUGCUUUGCACACACCAUUUGAAGCAACAACUCAUAGGCAGCUUGCAGCUAAAAUCAAGGAAGCAAGUUAUGAAAGCAUACCAAUGCAUUACAGCAGUGAUCUACAGAAUAUGUUAAGUCUCUUGUUGACUUAUGAAGACUUUCUUCGUCCCACAGCACUUAUGAUAAUUCAUCAUUCUGCUUUAAAAGCAAGAACAUCAACUAAAGAUGAUGAAGAUGAUGACCCUCUGUGUCAUUCUUUAAACCCAUCAGUUCUGUUGAACUUAAGGAAUAAGGACAAAACAUCAGAAUCGAUGGGAAGUAGCAAAGAAAUGUCAGAAAUCCAAACUCUAAAUGAAUCUCAAGCUCAUAAAGACAGUAACUCAAUAUCUACUAAGUGCUCAGUUUCUAAUUGUACUCUUGGUGCUACAAAUCAGUGUAAAAAUAGUGAUUCAAGUCUUCAGCUUCCAGAAGAUAAUCAUGUGUCAUCUAUGUCUGCAACUUACAAUGUUAGCCAUCAAGAGAGCAAAAAAAGUGAAACUGUCAGUAAUAGUAAUGAUGAGUAUGAGGAACAAACAUUUGAUGAUAUUAGCAAGUAUUAUGAAAAAAUAUCUGAGAAUGAAAUGGUUUUAGAUGACUCAACUGAGCAUACAUAUCGAAUAAUCAAGGAAGCAGCAAAACCAGUGCAUAUGAGAAGCAGAAGUCCUGGUAUCACAGAGUUAGAUUUAGUCAAACCAGACUGUGCAUGUAGUGGUAUGUCUCUAACCAAGUGGCGGGAACGUGUUUUGGCAUUACGGGAAGCUGAGGCAGCAGUAAGAGAAAGGGAAUUGGAUGUAAGAGAGCGAGAAAGAGACGUAGUUCAUCGGGAACAUCGUGUAGCCACUAUGGAAAGGGAAGCAAGACAACAUUUAGUGAGAGCCCAAAUUUAUCUUAAACAGUCACGUCAUCGUAAGAAUGCAGCUACUUCUCCUCACCGUCCACCUUCUGAUUUAGAUACCACAGUAAGUGCUGAUAUUGGGGAUGAAGGUGUGCAUACUGUUGCCAAGUUGGAUCCUCUUCAGAUAGAAAAUCCUUUCCUCAAAAUGAGAGGACUACAAUCACAGGCAGAAAAACGAGUAUCUUUUGAGGAAGGGAAGACUGCCAAAUUUAAAAGUAAUACUCUUGAUAACCCAAAAAGCAGACGCAAGAGGGGCAACAUAUUUGGGCUGGUGGAACGUAAUUCAGAGAAUAAGAAGGACAGUAAGGAAAUAGCAACAGAAGUAACUGAGCCAAAGCCAAGAAUUCCUUUAAAGCCAUUGUCAACUGAUAAUCAAGCAAAACAGCAAAAGCAGAAGUCAAAGUUUGUCUCCCCACAGAAUCAAGCAAAGCCCAGUACACCUUGUGAGGAUGGUCUGCAGCAGGGUAGGAGUUCAAGGUCAGGUACAAAAGUCACACCAAAUAGUAAUGCCGCCCCUGCCCUUCAACGACGAAGUCGAAGUUCUGAAAAUCUUACAAGAAGGUUCUUAGAAUCUCAGAAGAACAAAGAGAACAUUCCGUCUCAAGGAACUAAAGGGAAACAAGUUCCUGAGGUGAAAGAGUGUUUGAAAACUUGGAGAACAAGUAACAGAGGUCUUGAAAGGCUUGUUAAAAGAGAUGGGUCUGGAAAAAAGGUCCAGAAAGUCCCUGUCAUGCAGUUCUAUAAUGUUGUGUAAUUUGCAGUAUGUAUUAUUAAUUUUAGUAAUAUGCUCAGGAACGUGAUUAGUUUUCAUAUAGUAAUCAUGAUGAUGGGGGAGGUAGAGAACUGUUUUUGCAAUUGCUAAUGCUCUCACAUGGCGAGGGCCUGAGUUGAGUGUUGAAAAUGCAAUGACUGUGACAUAUGACUUGCUGCAAAAUCAAAAGAAUUUAGAUAAGGGACUUAUUCCUAUUCAAAGAAUGCUUUGAAGAAUGAUGUGAAUGAAUUAGAAAAUUAUAAAUUUCAAAAAUAUAUUUGUGAUUUGAUACAUAUUUGUAGAAUUUUGCUAGUGAAUUUAUGUAACUUCACUGUACUAAUUAUUACUAUUAUUCAGAAUCUAAAACAUAUUCAUAUGGAACAAGCCCACAGAGGCCAUUGACUUGAGAUUCAAGCUUCCAAAGAAUAUGAUAUUCGUUAGGUAAUAGGAAGAGGAGGGAAAGGGAAAUGCAGAAAAAAAAGAUACUACCACUUAUUAAAAAAGAAAAAACUAAUAGAUAACAAUGUAUUGAAAUGCAAGGAAAAUAAAAUAGUGUUAGGGUAGUAAUGUAUUGCACCUUCCCUUGAACUUCUGAAGUUCCAAUUGCAUGGAACUGGGAAGUUUGACAGUGAGGCACAUUACUGCAUAUUGGUGCUGCUGUUCAGCAAAUCUGGUUGCUCUGGGCAGAUAAAGGGAAUUAAGGAUCAAGAGUUGUAAAUGUGAAAAAUCUCUUUUGAAAUACAACUUAUGAAAAAGUGACAAACGAGACCAUCCGUCGAUGGUUCAAGUCAUAACUUCAUAACUACUACUAUUAGGAAACAGGAACCUAUCACCUCAAACCAAUAAUUAGUAUUAUGCACACUGUUAAAGAAAUGCCGAAAAGACUCAUUUACUUGUCAAGGCAACUUCCAUAAGACAGAGAUUACUAAAUGUAAAGUACAGGUAAUUUAGUCAGGUUGAGUACGUACUUCAUUGUAUGUGAUUUUAGAAUAACUUGCAGAUAUAGACUUAUUUUGUAUUUCUCUAUACUGUGUUAUAGUGACCCACAUGUGACUUAUUGUAGGUUAAGUUAUUAGUCAUCUUAUGUAUCUUUAGCAUAAGUAUUAGUAAGUACCUAAGGUUUAAUUUAUUAACAUGGUUAAGUACAAUUCUAGAAAAUAUGUAGUACUGAAUUUCAUAUACCGGUAUUUUGCUACAAUUCCAAACUAAGAAAUUAGAUUUCAUGAUUUUAACUAUUAAAUCAGUGAGCUCGACAUUUAAUUGUGAAUUAAGGCUUCCAAUUGUUGGACUUGCAAAAGUAUGUAAAAGUUUCUAGUCUUGCAGAGUGCCAACAUACAUCAUUGAUAUUAUUUGUUCAUUGAUUGUUUAUAGAGUAUUACAUUCUGUUUGGUGUAAUAAUUGUUAACCAGUUUUAGCUACAGCAUCAAGCAUUAGAAUGUAAGACCUACAUUUAAUAUGUAAUCCUUUUAUUAACUGUAAUUUUUUAUAAACUCAUAACAGUAAUUAUUUUGGAUUAUACGGUGGCAUGUUUAUUUAUACUGUUGAAGUAUGGUUUGGUUGUAUGUACUGUGUUUGACGAAUAUAAAUUAGAAAGGAACAUAUAUUAUUUUUCUUACAUGAAUUUAGAUUUAUAAUCAGAACAAACCAGCCCGAAAAGAGCGUUUAUUAGGCUAAGAGGUUUGGAUAAACUAAUCCUUUUAUAAACUAAUCCUUUAUAACAAUAAUAAUAUAAUCAGAAUAACUUCCAGACUUUUAAUAAAACCAGAGUAAGCUAAAGCUGAAGAAGUUGGAGAAACCAUCUACAGUGUGAUACAAUAUGCACUGUGGUACAGUAAUGCCUCAGGUUACAAAUUCGUAUC